UGUUUAAAUGGUCUAAAGCACCAAAUAAUUCUGAUAAAAUUGAUUUAGGAAGUCUUGGUAUAGAAGGACUUGAUGAUUUAGAUAUACCUAUGAAUGAUGAUUUUGAUGAAAUGGAUUUAAAUGAUCCAGAUUUAUUGGGGGAAUUAAAUGCUUUAAGUUCAAGUAUUCAAAGAAAUAAACCAAAAUCAAAAUCAAAACCACAACCACAACCACAACCUCAAACUAAAUCUAAUCUUACAUCAAUCCCAAAUUUUCCUGGUGAUGUUGAUAUUGAUGCAAUAAAUGCUUUGGGAGCAGAGAAUGAUGAUCAUGAAGUUGAAUUUACUGAAGAUGAUAUGAAGGAUCCAAAUUUGUUAAAAGAGUUACAAGGAUUAGGAGGCCAUCAAAAUGAUGAAGAAAAAAUUGAGGAUGUGAAAAAAAUUACUGCAACAGAGAAAAUUGUUGUACAGGAAACUCAGACUAAAGUUAGUAAAGAUAACAGUGAAUCUCUAAUAAGUCAAAGUUCGGAGUUGCAAGUCGUUGAAGAGCAAUCAAUUGAAGAUAAAUUACAAUCAAAUGAUGUAGACCUUUUAGCGAAAUAUAUACAAGAAGAAAAAUUCAAUGCUCUUAUGAAAAAGCGGGAAGGUGACAAAGCUGGAGCUGUAGAAUCAGUGAAAGCAUAUAAACAACUAGAAGCGAAACGAGCUCAGCUUUUGUCACAAAGUAAACAAGUUUCCGAAAUUGAAGUUAAAUCAGAGAAUAUUCAGGUUGAUAUUAGUGCACAGCAAAAAACAGAAAUUUCUUCUCGAAAUCAGGAGAUCAUUGAUAUUUUAAAUAAAAAGUUUAUGCAAUAUAAGGAGGCGGCUAUUAAAUUUAAAACCUCCGAUAUUCCGCGCGCAAAAGAGUUUCUUAAUACAGCAACAGAUAUCCGAAAAAUAAUGAAAUCUUUAGAAAAUGGUGCCAAUUUACCUGAAGGGUGGGGGAUUCCCGGUGAUCCUGACGUGUCUCAACGUGAACCUGUACCACAAAGUCCACCCACCAUACGAAAAAAUGCAUCAACGAACGUAACGCCAGUAUCGACUCCAAAAAAAAGAGUAUUAACAGUAUUAGAUAAUGCUAUUAAUGCGAGUAUCAUUGAUGAUGACGAACAACCAUUUACCAUGAUUUCAACGGAAGAACAGUAUGCGCGUCUAAUAUCUCAAUUAGAAUCACAAGUUGCUUUAUGUACUACACUAUCAGCUUAUUAUUUGAAAACUGGAAAUAAGGUUGAAGCUACGACUUUUUACCGUUAUAAAAAAUCUUUUGCGGCUGAUCUAACUUCAUUGAUUUCAUAUCGUACGCACGGGAAAGAUGUACCAGCGUUUCAUUUUCAAGACAUAACAUAUAGUAUUGAAAAUGCUUUCUUAGAAUUAUCCGCAAAUGAUAUGGAAGUUUGCAUUGUUAGAGCCUAUAAUCUAGGCAGUAAAGAAGUGAAUGGAAAAGAUGUUGAUGCAUUCGUAAGUUGGGAUAUUGGAUGGCCAACUGAAGGUAGUCCUGGUGCUGGUAGUGGUAAAGGCGAUACUUCAACUGCUCCACGUGGAAUGGAUCCAGUAUUUAAUUGGAAAAAAGUUAUAAACAUAGAACGGACAAAAGCAUUUCAACGUUAUGUGAGCUCCAAAAAAGCUACUUUUGAAGUAUUUCAUUAUAGAGGAUUUUUACGAAAAGCCAUUUCAUUAGGAAAAGCUACCAUUAAGUUGGAACAAUUUUUAAAUAAGGCCGAAAUUCAUCAAGUUUUAGAUCUAGUAGAUCACUUACGGAAACCUACAGGUGGAAAGUUAGAAAUUCGUUUAAGAAUACGAAUACCCUUAACGAAAGCAGAUAUUGUAGCUAAGACUGAAAAAUGGCUUAUUAUAGAUGAGUUUAACACUAAUAAUUCAACUUUUGCUAGUUUACAAUCUACUACUCAAGCAUCAACAUCAGCUCCAGUAACUCCUAUUAGAAAUACUUUACAAUCAGCUCCGGUAACUCCUAUUAGAAAUACUUUACAAUCAGAUCCGGUAACCCCUAUUAGAAAUACUUUACAAUCAGAUCCACUAGCUGCUACUCCAAAGACACCACAACAAACACCAAUCAAACCAAAAGUCACAUCUACACCAAAAUCAUCAGUUCCCCCAAGUACACCUAUUUCUGUUAAAAAUGAAACUCCUUCCCAAAUAUCAACUCCUGUCCCACAACAAAAAGCAACUCCACAUAGAACAGUUGCAGCAGCAACUCCAAGUCGUGAUACGAUUUCAACAGGUAGCGAACAAAAUGAUUUGGAGCAAGCAGUAGAGCAAUUAAACAAUGUUGAUGCCCUUGUUUCUAAUCUUGUAAUACAACAUGAAGUUGAAGCAGUUGAUGCUCAAAUUGCAACAUUGGAAGCACAACAUAAAUCAAUUCCAGACGAUUUAACAGAUAGGAAAAAUGCUUUAGAGAUUAAGCAGAAUUUAUUAGUUAUACAAGUACAAACUGGACAAUUGACAAUGGAUAAAUAUUUAGAUCAAGUAAGAAUAAGUAUUGUAGAUUGUAAAAAGUUGGCUUUAGUAUUUAAGAAAGCGAAUAAACUUGAUGAAGCAAAGAAAGCACUUGGAAGAAGUAAAAUUAUGGAAGGAGAAGUUAAAGAAGUAGAAGAAGCCAUGGCUAGUGGUGCCAUCGAAUAAUGUAAUAAAAUGGUUGACCCCGAUGUAUUAUAGAUUAGGUUUUUUGUAUUUAAUAAUAAUUAUUAAUUUUUUUUUAUGAUAUGAUGUAUUAUUUAUUAAAUUAUACCUAAACAUUAAUAAAUAUUAUUAUUCAAUGAUAUUUUUUCAUGUUAAUGUUUGGUCAG